UCUGCUGGUGAAGAGCGUGGCUUUUUCUCGCGGGGGGUGGUAAGUGUCUUAUUUUAUACUACUAUAAUUUAAUAUAAAAUAUACAAGUUGUGUCUUUGUCUUCGUCGAAUAUCUGCAGACUCUUCGGGUUGCAUACGUGGUUUAAUUAGUGCUUAUCCAGCACGACCACGCAGCAGUUCUGUAUCGGAGUUCAAGUACUCGGUCCGUGCUUCGGGGUGAGCUUUAGUUUGUGCAGAAGCAGAAGGAUAAACAUUUUCCAAAAAAAUGGGCCAGAUGGACGAUUUCCGAUGGCUGUGGAAGUCUGGCCCGGGCUUCAACAUUUCGGGGGACAAUGUGACCGUUUUGCACGAACCCAGCGAAUUUUAUCAACAUCUCAAGGACCUUUCCGAUGCUGCCCACAAGCGUAUUGUGCUUGCUUCGCUUUACUUGGGUGAUGGCGAACUUGAAAAAAAUUUGGUGUCCCACAUCCAUGCCGCCGCUCGCCGCGACGUGCAAGUCCGCAUCCUGCUGGACUACACCCGGGGCUCCCGCGGGGAGUCCAACUCGCGGACCAUGCUCACCCCCAUGCUCCGCGAGUUCUCCCGCCCCACUCCGGCGUCCAGUUCGGACUCGGGCGAACCGCCGGGAAACCAGGUGCAGGUGGCACUGUACCACAGCCCCAAGCUGCGGGGCCUGCUGCGGUGGCUCCUGCCACAGCGCUGGAACGAGACCCUGGGUCUCACGCACCUCAAGGUCUACCUGUUCGACGACACCCUCGUGCUCAGCGGGGCCAACCUGAGCGACCAGUACUUUCGCAACCGGCAGGACCGGUACGUGGUCUUCCGCGACUGCUCUCAGCUGGCCGACUAUUUUGCCGGCCUCGUGGCGGCCGUGUCCUCCUUCUCGCUCCAGCUGCACCCCGACGACUCGGUGGCACUGGGACGGGAUUUCCCCGUGCACCCGUACAAAGGUGACAGCACGGAGUUUGUGGCGGCUGCCAACGAGCGUCUGGCACCCCUGGUCCGUCCCAACGGACUGGAGCCGCCACAGAAGAGCUUUGGGGACACCUGGGUGUUCCCACUACUCCAGAUGAUGCCACUGGGGAUCAGACAGGACCAGGACGUCACGGAGAGGAUCCUCGCCAGGCCGCCCCCCGACUGCACCAUGCGGCUGGCCACGGGCUACUUCAACCUGACGCAGCGCUACGCGGACCUCAUUCUCGGGAACCCCGCUUCCAAGUUUGACCUGCUCGUCGCCUCUCCCAAGGUUAAUGGGUUCUACGGUGCGGAAGGAUUGAGCGGCGUCAUUCCCACCGUUUACACGCUGCUCCUGCGUCAGUUCUUCUCCCGGAUCGGCAAAUCGGAGAGUCACGUGACGGUCGGAGAGUACGAGCGUGCAAACUGGACCUUCCAUGCAAAGGGCCUCUGGCUAUGGAGGGGUUCGCAGCCGUGGCCGUGCGUCUCCCUUGUCGGCUCUCCGAACUUCGGCUUUCGGUCUGUUCACCAAGACUUGGAGGCACAAGUUGCAAUUGUGACAAGCAACAAGAGCCUCCAGAAACAGCUACAUCAUGAGCAGCAGAGGCUGUACGACCUCUCGACGCCCGUCACCUGGGCGACCUUUCAGGCUCCCAGCCGCCACGUGCCUCUCUGGGUUCGCCUGGUCACUCCGUGGCUGCGCUCCCUCUUUUGACACAUCAGAGCGACGAUUUUAUGCGAUGAAAUAAUUAUAUGUAGGUGUAUAUAAACAUGCGUUUACAGUU